ACUCACCGACGCCGUCUCCUUCCCGUUUACCCCCCUCCCGAACAGAAUAUUAACCCAAACCCUAACCCUAUCUCCUCUUUCACGAGCUUCUGACUCACAUCCGGCGAUAUCGAAUUCCAUGGAGGACGACGAAGACAUCCGAUCUCAGGGCUCCGAUUCACCUGAUCCGUCUUCUUCGCCGCCGGCGGGACGAAUCACGGUUACGGUGGCUUCGGCUGGUCCGCCUUCUUAUUCUCUGACUCCUCCGGCUAAUUCGUCGCAGAAGGAUCCCGAUGCGUUGGCUCUGGCGCUGCUUCCGAUUCACGCCAGCGGUGGAGGGAAUAGCAGCAGUGGGAGACCAACCGGUGGCGGCGGGAGGGAGGAUUGUUGGAGCGAAGGGGCUACGGCUGUUUUGAUUGAUGCGUGGGGUGAGAGAUACUUGGAACUUAGCAGAGGGAAUCUGAAGCAGAAGCACUGGAAAGAGGUGGCUGAGAUCGUGAGCAGCAGAGAGGAUUAUGGUAAAAUUCCUAAAACUGAUAUACAGUGUAAGAAUAGGAUCGAUACGGUGAAGAAGAAGUAUAAACAGGAGAAGGUGAGAAUCGCUACCGGUGGUGGCCGUAGCAGAUGGGUGUUCUUCGACAAACUUGACCGUCUGAUUGGAUCAACGGCGAAGAUCCCGACGGCAACUCCUGGAAUCAGCGGUGGUGGAGGUCCUGUAGGUGGAUUGCAUAAGAUUCCUAUGGGUAUUCCCAUGGGAAAUCGUUCUAAUCUGUACCAUCAGCAAGCUAAGGCCGCAACGCCUCCUUUCAAUAAUCUUGACCGUCUAAUUGGAGCCACGGCUAGGGUUUCAGCUGCUUCGUUCGGUGGCAGUGGUGGAGGAAGAGGAUCCGUCAAUGUACCUAUGGGAAUUCCGAUGAGUAGCCGUUCAACUCCGUUUGGACAGCAAGGUAGGACGCUGCCACAGCAAGGUAGGACACUGCCACAGCAACAGCAGCAAGGGAUGAUGGUGAAAAAGUGUAGUGAGUCGAAACGCUGGCGUUUCAGGAAGAGGAACGCCUCUGAUUCAGACUCGGAAUCUGAAGCGGCAAUGUCAGAUGAUUCCGGCGACAGUUUACCUCCUCCUCCUCUGUCGAAGAGGAUGAAGACGGAAGAGAAGAAGAAGCAAGAUGGUGAUGGAGUGGGAAAUAAAUGGAGGGAGUUAACUAGGGCAAUCAUGAGAUUCGGUGAAGCUUAUGAGCAAACAGAGAAUGCGAAACUGCAACAGGUGGUUGAGAUGGAGAAAGAGAGGAUGAAGUUCUUGAAGGAACUGGAGUUGCAGAGAAUGCAGUUCUUUGUUAAGACCCAAGUGGAGAUAUCGCAGCUUAAGCAGCAACAUGGGAGGAGAAUGGGAAACACCAGUAAUGAUCACCACAGCCGCAAGAACAGCAUCAAUGUGAUUGUUAACAACAAUAACAACGAUUUGGGUAAUAACUAGAGUUUAGUGAUGCAGGGUCGUAAUUGAUAUAUUUUAGAUUUGAGUCUUGAAUUGUUGAAAGAGAGAACUGAAACUUAUCUAGGCUUCAUGCGUGUAUUAAUAUUUUGCAUAUCUUUGUUAACUUUGGUCAUAUGGAACAGAUUUAACUUCACUAGAAUGCCUGAGAUCAUCCUGCAUAACUUUCUUCAGACUCCUCUGACAUAUUGAAUGAGGACUCUCUUGUGCAGGUUUUAAAGUUGGAU